AUGUCCAUCGUCAACCCGAAGCCGUUCCUCAACGACCUCACGGGGAAGAACGUGCUGGUCAAACUCAAGUGGGGCAUGGAGUACGAGGGCAAGCUCCUCUCCGUCGACUCCUACAUGAACGUGCAGCUCGGCGACACGAAGGAGUACAUCGACGGCGAGAUGGCGGGCGAGCUCGGCGCGCGGCCGGCGCCCGCCUUUUCGUCGCCCACGGAUCAUAAACGUGAGGUGCUCAUCCGAUGUAACAACGUCAUGUACCUGAGGAAAGCGCCGGAGGCCGCCGCGCCGAUGGAGACGUAG